AUGCGACGCGAACGCAUACGUGCAACGCCCUCCUGGCGGCGUUCCACGGACCGGUAUGACUGCGUCUUUGUUGUCACUGACCCGGCAGAACACGGGAUGCGCAGUCUUCAUGUGGCACGCGUGAAGCUGCUGUUCUCGAUAAAACACGCAGGCGUCGUGUACCCAUGCGCUCUCGUCGAAUGGUUCGAACGUGUUAGUGAUGAACCGGAUGGGCGAACGAAUAUGUGGGUUGUAGAACCGGAUCUCAACAUGGAUGGAUCACGCAAUAUGUCGGUCAUUCAUCUUGACAGUAUCUUCCGACUUGCUCAUCUAAUUCCCGAGUAUGGCGAAGAAUCUGUACCAGUGGGGCUCAAACCCUCUGACAGCCUCGACGCAUUUCUUACUUACUUUGUUAACAAGUUCGCCGAUCAUCACGCUCACACCAUUGCAUACUAA